CAUAGGUCCCUUCGCCCCUAUGUACAUUUUAUACGGACUGUGUUGCGCCAUUGAAAUGAUUCGUGUUAGUCACAGUUUGCCGUGCUUUUGAAGUUUACACAAUUGUGCCGAACUUAAAUGUCUCUAUAUAACGUUGUUAGUUUGUGUUUAGAAUAGCUAGCUAGCGUCACAUACUGCAGUGUCACCUGGAGCGCGCCUCAAGGACGUCGUCUACAAAGUUUCUUUGCYUUGGAAGUUGAGUGGCACGCGCUCCGUUUGGCUAUAGCUAGCUAGGACUCUGUUUUCGUACUUAUUGGCUAGCAAUGUGUUGUCAUUCGUAAGUAACAUCAUAUGUUUUAACUCAAUCAUGUGUUAUAACUAGUCAUUAUUGACAAACGUUAACAAAGUCCACGCUUUGAAAGGUAGUAGCUAGCUACCCAACGUAAGCUAGCUAACGUCGCUACCAUUGGUUAUAGCUAGCGAAAUUAGCUAACGUUGCAUGGACGAGUUUGGCGUAACUUGAUGAGAGGCAACGUUACAAGUAAUCGAAUACACUUUAAAAGUGUUUUUCUAUUUGCAAGUUAGCUUGUUUACUGGAUACGUUAUUUCUACAUUGGCUUGAGAGGCCAGCCGACGUGUGCAGCCGUGUUUUUGACAGCUUUUUAGAGUAUAACGGUAGUCCCGUUUGUCUUUAGAGGGGCGUUUACCGUGAAGUGUCAAACUAGCCGCCCUCAAUUUGCUAAUGUGCAGCACCAGCUAAUGUUUUAAUCUGUAACUACUGUAACGUUAACGGUAGCUCGCCAGCUAGCUUGGAUAUUAUGUAAUGUCAAUGAUUAUUCUAUUCUAUUCUACUGUACUGCAUCAUAGAGUGCUGGUUAUGUCAAUUCUGCUGUCCAUUUAGAAUUUAUAGCUAACGAAUUCAUGUUAGUUUUUGCUUACUGCCUGAGUUAAGUAGAUUGCUAGCAAAAAUAGCUAACUUGACUGCAUCCUGUUAGCUUCUUUUUAAACGUUUUCCAGCCCCAGAUAUAAACUGUAGAUAGCUACGUCACGUGAGCAAGGGAAUAACAGCGCACGAACUAGCUACAUCAAUACUUUUUCAACGGGGAUGCAGCAAACCAUUCAGCGUUACACGAGGAAUAUUUCCUGUGAAGACGGAUUAGAAGCCAUAGAGCUCAGAAUUCCAGCAAAGUCGAACUGAAUGGAUAUGAUCUAGUUUGGAAAACUCCCAUUUCUGACUAAGCAGGAUCAAGAAAUGGAUAACCAGGACAAGAGCUUAGAUGGAGGUGAAGAGGGAAGCUUCUCGGUUAACGCAGGCAGUUCCAAGUCCACCACAUUAAUUUCCGUGAUGCAUUUGCCUGGCUCCACACCCCAGCCUCCAGCCAGAGACUCCUCUAACGGACUGAAUGUCACUAAGAUUCAGGGUGAGCUCUCCACAGCAGGGACAGCCUCCAUUGGACUCUCUAUAGAGGAGGCUGAAGUGAAGUUAAUGGGCAAGGCCCUGAGAAUGCAGAACGCACAGAAACAGCAGCAGAAUCAUCAACAGCAGCAGCUGUUUGAGAACUUUGCUCUGUUGGAGGAGAGCAUUUCAGAUUUGAAUAGAUCCAACACCCCAGGGAGCUCUGUACUUGGAUGUUCUAAUUACCUUUUCCCUCUGAAAACUGAGGACUUUUCACCAAUGGAUAAGGACAGGCUUGACAUGGGGACAGUCAGCUUUGGACAGUCACUGAAGGACUUGGAUGUCAACGAGAGGCUCCUUGGUGACAAUACGCUGGACAUUCUGCGGGAUUUGGACUUGCCUGGCUCUCUGUCUGACCUGAAUGAGUUUUACCUGGCUGACGAGGCCGCUUUCCUUUCCUCCCUGUCAGUGGAUGAUGCCCUGCUCGGUGACGGCAACAUGGAAACCAAGCCCAUAGUCAGUAGCAGUGGGGGAAACUGUAAAAAUGUGAAUGGUGCGGACCAGCAUCGGCAGCAACUGGGCCCAGGGAUCUCCAUGCCUGUCAUCAAGACAGAGAAGGACGCUGACACCUCCUUCAUCCAGCUUUACACCCCAGGUGUAAUCAAGCAGGAGAACGAGCGCCAGAGCUACUGUCAGAUAUCCAGCCUGGACAUACCUGGUACCCACAGCUCGGUGYGRUCCAUGAGUGGGCCGAGUUACCACUACGGCGGAAACACAUCGACGGCAGUGCGCGUACAACAGGAUCAGAAGCCUGUCUUUGGCCUGUAUCCGCCACUGCCCUCAGUCAGUGARGGCUGGAACAGAGGCCAGGAAUUUGGGGAUGGAUCAGGGAUGUCAACUCCAUCCAGCUCAUCUUUUCCUGUCAGCUUCAGCAGUCCAACGGCCAGACCCGAGGUCAGCAGCUCCACAUCUUCAGCCCCUGCCAAGCACAGCGGUCCAACCCAUAAGAUCUGCCUGGUGUGUUCUGACGAGGCCUCUGGCUGCCACUAUGGAGUCCUCACCUGCGGAAGCUGCAAGGUCUUCUUCAAGAGGGCCGUUGAAGGAUGGAGAGCACGACAAAACACAGAUGGACAACACAACUAUCUGUGUGCCGGGAGGAAUGACUGCAUCAUAGACAGGAUCCGCAGGAAGAACUGUCCGGCGUGCCGCUUCCGCAAGUGUCUCCAAGCAGGGAUGAACCUGGAAGCAAGGAAAAACAAGAAGCUGAUCCGAUUUAAAGGUCAGCAGGCCACGACAGAGCCGAACGCACCUGAUGAAAGGGCAUGCACCCUGAUCCCAAAGUCCAUGCCCCAGCUGGUGCCCACCAUGCUGUCCCUGCUUAAAGCCAUCGAGCCAGAGGCCAUUUACUCUGGCUACGACAGCACCAUCCCCGACACCUCCACCCGCCUUAUGACCACCCUCAACAGGUUGGGCGGACAGCAGGUCGUUUCAGCCGUCAAGUGGGCCAAGUCCCUACCAGGGUUCCGGAACCUUCACCUGGAUGAUCAGAUGACUCUGCUGCAGUGCUCCUGGCUGUUCCUCAUGUCAUUCGGCCUGGGCUGGCGCUCCUACCAGCAGUGUAAUGGGGGCAUGCUCUGCUUCGCCCCUGACCUGGUUAUUAAUGAUGAGAGGAUGAAGCUGCCCUAUAUGACCGACCAGUGUGAGCAGAUGCUGAAGAUCUCCACUGAGUUUGUGAGGUUGCAGGUGUCCUACGACGAGUACCUGUGUAUGAAAGUCCUGCUGCUGCUCAGCACAGUACCAAAGGAUGGAUUGAAGAGCCAGGCUGUGUUUGAUGAGAUCCGCAUGACCUACAUCAAGGAGCUGGGGAAGGCCAUCGUCAAGCGGGAAGAGAACUCCAGCCAGAACUGGCAGAGGUUCUACCAACUCACUAAGCUACUGGACUCCAUGCAGGAGAUGGUGGGGGGCCUCCUGCAGAUCUGCUUCUACACUUUUGUGAAUAAAUCCCUUAGUGUGGAGUUCCCUGAAAUGCUGGCCGAGAUCAUCAGCAACCAGAUACCAAAAUUCAAAGAUGGGAGUGUCAAGCCGCUUCUGUUUCAUCAUGCCUUAAACCAUGACACAAUGCCUUAAAACCCCAGCCUCCCCUCUCGCCAGCCAGACCAACCUGUUUUCCCUGCAGACGUCCCACCAGGUCCCCUACCAGUACGGAUUAAUGUAGUGAGAGUGUGCACUCAAAUUGGUUCCCAGAGGACUUGGGUGGAGAGAGAAUGUGAAAAAGAGAGAGAACAGGAGUGUAAGAUUGACACUGACCAUGAGCGACAUGGC